GGUCCGACGAGACCAGCUCGGAGGGGCCCGUGUUGGACGGAGAUCUAAGAUGAAGUUAUGGGAUGUUGUGGCUGUCUGCGUGGUGCUGCUCAACACGAUCUCCACCUCGCCCCUGCCCACCGGUAAGACGCCUCCCAAGGGGCCCCCUUCAGUGCUAGAGGGGCCUGAAGACGAUCUCUCCCCCAUCAGCCUGCCGCCUCCCUAUGCUCUGCACAGUGACUCUAAUAUGCCUGAGGAUUAUCCAGAUCAGUUUGAUGAGGUAGUGGACUUUAUUCAAGCCACUAUUAAAAGACUGAGGAGGUCGCCAGAUAAACAAACUCCGAUUUUUUCUAGGCGGGAGAGAAAUCGGCAAAAUGCAGCCACAAACAUAGAGAAUUCCAGCAAAAAAGGAAGGAGGAAUCAUAAGGGCAAAAAUCGAGGAUGUGUCUUAACAGAAUUACAUUUAAACGUGACUGACUUGGAUUUGGGAUAUGAAACCAAAGAAGAGCUAAUUUUCCGGUAUUGCAGUGGAUCUUGUGAUGCAGCCGAGACCACGUAUGACAAAAUUUUAAAAAAUUUAACCAGAAAGAAAAAACUAGUUAAUGACAAAGUGCGGCAAGCUUGUUGCAGACCCACAGCCUUUGAUGAUGACCUGUCAUUUUUGGACGAUAACUUGGUUUACCAUAUACUGAAAAAACAUUCCGCAAAAAGGUGUGGAUGCGUCUGACUAUUGUGCUUUGGAGAUUGCUCCAGUAUUGCAUUCCUGCUACAAUGCAAAGAGAGGGACCAAGGUUCCCAAGGAAACACCUGUUCAGAAUGGAGAAGAGAGGACCAAGAACACAGAACAAGUGGUCAUGGGAGCCCAGUGGGGUAUGAGGCAGUGUAGAAAAACGGAGGCUCUUUAAAUCCGAUGAGAAAGUUAAUAAAAAUUCAGGUGGUGUUCCUGACGGCUGGAUGGCGUGUGCGCUCCCCUUCCUGUUUGACCCAGUCUGCCAUCGGUGAGACUUGGAUCCGUGAGGAAUGUGCUUAAAAACACAACCCUUCACUGCCACGUUGCGUUGUAGCUUUCACCAUCCGUCCUGGGGAGCUCCCCCAAGGAGCAAGCUCUCCCGCCGGCUGUGCCACCAGCUUCCCUGCUGUUCCUUGGAGGGCAGCUCCUGAGCACUUAGGACAGCUUUAAAUUAUAACACGAUCAAUCUCGUAAAUAAGGUGAUAUCAGGCAAAUAUCAAAAUUCAUAGGCUCAAGGUCUUUAGGGCCAGUACCAACAGAAAGCAAAACGUUUCCACUUACUGGUUAAGUCUGGUUAUUUCCAUCUCAUAUUUCUUCAGAACAGUCAAGUGUAGGAUUUCGUUCUUCUGCUACCUAUGAAAAGAAGUUGAGUUUUUAAGCACUUCUUCCUACUAAAGAGAAAUAGCAAGUCCUGGCCUACACAAAACAUGUUUCUUUUGGUUUACAAAGGACUGAUGUCACUUACAGAACUACAUUUAUAUUUGGUCAUUGUGAGUGAGCAGAGACUACUUGAUGCAAUGCAUCCGUUCAGAGACAUAAAUAUACAUAAGAUAUUUAUUAAGAUUAAGUUAUUGUUAUUUAUUACAGUCAGUAAUGAGUCUCCUUUCCUUAUUUAUUGAAGUUUCUUUUCAAAGGUGCCAAAGUAGAAGGUGCUGGGAAGAUACAGAGAGACAAGUUGGGAACAACGGUCCAUGCUUUUGAAAGUAUUAACUUGAAUGCAAAAAAAUCACUUACUUUACCUUUUUUUUUCUUUUAAACAAAUUUCUGGUUAUGUUCACAAAAUGUAGAACCAAGGUCUGCAGCCCUUCCUCUUCUUUACUUAUAAUUUUGAAAAUCACUACGGUCAUACAAGUACAGGACACAAAAGGGCUCUGCACAAGUGAAGGUUACAGGACUUGGCUCAUCAUUAGCAA